GCUGAUGUUCUUCACAUGAAAUAGAGGAAAGGAAGGCUUUACAGCAACCUUUUACUUUUCAUUCCGUUCCCGUAACUGUGUUUCAUUGGACAUGAUUUCAUUAAAGAAUUCGCUUUGCUGCACAUGGGAGCAGAAUGUUUCUUGGACAAUAAAGACAUUUGUAUUUUAGAAAGUGGGAAAGGAAUCUCACAGUGUUAUCAGGAUGUUCUGUGCAAAAUUAAAAGACCUAAAAAUUUCUGGAGAGUGUCCAUUCUCCAUGUUGGUGAAAAACGAAGGACCUGGUGAUUUUGAAGAAUGCACUGGUGCUAACCAGGCAGAUGUUGCAUUACCAAUAUCAAAAGAGAUGUGUGGGACUGUGCCCAGGAUACAACCCCAGCGCAAGACGAGCAAGAGCAAAGUUAAUCUGCAUACACUAGGUGAAAGCAUUCGCAAAUUAGUGUGUCCAGAGAACCAGAGACUGCAAACUGCCUUUCUGAGGAUGAUUAAACGGCAUACAUUAGACUUAAUGUGCCCAACUACUGUUUAUUCAGAUAUGUGCCAAGGAGCUAUCAGGAACUUUGGAAAUACAGAGGUCUUCAUAGAGACAAUUAAGAGCUACUCAAUGAAAUCAGGUAUACCCAUGGAUACAAUAAAAGUUUCAUUCGGCGUAGAGGUGUUUAAAACAUGCUACGAGGAAGAUGAGCAUAUUUUAGGUGUUGUUGGGGGAGCUCUUCAUGACUUUCUGAACAGUUUUAAUGUCCUGCUGAAGCAAAGUACAUUUCAAAAUGCAGAAACUGCUGCAAAUGCCUCAAUACUGUGCUUGGACAAAGACCCAGGACUUUUGACUGUGUACUAUUUUCAUCCUAACAAAGCAACUGAAUUAUUCUUCCCAGGAAUAAUUAAAGCAGCUGCCAGUUUGCUGUAUAAAAUGGAUGUGGAAAUUGUCAUGGAUCAGCACUGCAGCAGAGAGAGCGCUCUUGAGGUUCACCAUCAGCCCUAUUUACUUUAUACUGUUGCUGUCAAAAACACAAAGAGUUUAACUCCUAGUCCAAUGAAGACAUCCUCAGUUGAUGUACCUAUGUCACUGUUCUGUCAGACAUUUCCAUUUCAUGUUUUGUUUGAUCAAGACAUGAUUUUAUUACAAAUUGGAGAUGGCCUGAGGAGAUGUUUAAACAAAAAAGAUGUCCAAAAGAAAGCAAAAUUUGAUGAGUAUUUCAUCAUUGCGUCUCCGCUUAUAAGUUGCACUUUCCAGGGAAUUUUAACCAUGUUAAACACCCAAUUCAUUGUAAGAAUAAAACAAGGAACCACGAGUGCUGACAGCACACCCAAGCUUAUGGCAAUGGAUCUUAAAGGUCAGAUGAUCUACAUUACUGAGUCAAAUAUCAUUUUGUUUUUGGGUUCCCCCUGUGUGGACAAACUAGAAGAGCUCACUGGCCGUGGAUUAUACCUGUCUGACAUUCCGAUCCAUAAUGCACUGAGGGAUGUGGUUCUGGUGGGUGAACAAGCAAAAGCCCAGGAUGGCUUGAAGAAAAGACUGGGAAAGGCGAAGGCAGCCCUUGAGCAGGCUCACCGGGCAUUAGAGGAAGAGAAGAAGAAGACGGUCGAUCUGCUGUUUACAAUAUUUCCAGGAGCAGUUGCCCAGCAGCUUUGGCAAGGGCAGCAAGUCCAAGCCAAGAAAUUUGACAAUGUCACCAUCCUUUUCUCAGACAUUGUGGGUUUCACAGCAACCUGCUCCAAAUGCACACCUAUGCAGGUUGUGACGAUGCUGAAUGAACUUUAUACCAGAUUUGAUUUCUACUGUGGAGAGCUGGAUAUCUACAAGGUAGAGACUAUUGGGGAUGCCUACUGUGUGGCUGGCGGACUGCAUAAAGAAAGCCAGACUCAUGCUGUUCAGAUUGCACUGAUGGCACUGAAGAUGAUGGAGCUAUCAGAUGAGGUACUGACUCCCGUUGGGGAGCCCAUCAAGAUGCGAAUAGGACUACAUUCUGGCUCUGUUCUUGCUGGAGUGGUUGGAGUCAAGAUGCCUCGUUACUGUCUAUUUGGUAACAAUGUCACAUUGGCAAAUAAAUUUGAAUCCUGCAGUCUUCCCAGACGAAUUAAUGUUAGCCCAACAACAUACAGGCUGUUAAAAGACCACCCCAGUUUCAUCUUCAUACCCAGGACAAGGCAGGAUCUGCCACCAAACUUUCCUUCUGAUGUUCCUGGUAUUUGUUACUUCUUAGAGGCAUUUAAAGAAUCUAACAGAAGGGCUUUUCACUCUGAAAGUGAAGGACAUGCUUACAACAAUUCAAACUUCAUGGGUGAAAAAAUGUAAACAUGUAUCCAUCAAUUUAACACAAAAUAAAUGUAUGAUCAUCUGGGUGUCAGAACUUAGAGUAUAUAAAUGAUGAAUAGAUGGGAAUUAAAUGUAACUUUUAUUAUGUGAGCACUGGCAGCAUUAUUCUCGUACCCAAGUUGUAAGUGAUACAUUUGUAAAAUUAUCAGAAAAGUUGAACAAAAUAUUUUUAUUCUUUCAAUAUAUAUCACUUAAUUUCAAGAGAAUGUUUUGAGUAAUAUUGCACAUUAUAUUUUUCAGAUGCAUAUAUCAUCUUCAAAUUGUCUCUAAAGAUAGAUCACAAUGAAUUAUAUUAUUUCAGUAUUUUUUUAUUUUUUGCUUCUUAAAAGAAAAUAAACUGACUUAAGCUUGUGAAAAAAAUAUUUGUAAUUAUUAAACUAUGUUCUUCUACAUGUUUAUGGCUGAGGGAAAAAUAUUUUUCAGUCACCAUUAAUUAUGCAAAAUAUGGAGAAUACAGAAUAAUAAGGAUACAAUCACAUACAGUAUUAAUAUCAAGUUUACACAAACCUACAAUAAAAUGGUAUUAUACAUUACAGUAUGUUUACAGUGACAUAUGUAUAUAUUAUUAUGUUGGUUCAUUGAUUUCUAAAUUAAAUGUAAAGUUAUGUUUUAACUUAAUUAUACUACAUUAUUUUCUAUGAUAUAUGUAUUAGAGACAUAUUUUGAUAAAUAUGAUGAUAAGAAAAUGCGAAAAGAUGGCCAAAAUACAUUUACUAUUAUGUCUUUUUAGUAGCUAGAUUUCUCAGGGCAUUUGAUCUCAGAGUCAGAAGACAGGUACAGGCUUGAAGAUGAAAGCUGAGACAGAGUGCCGUGGGUGUCAGAUACAUCUGGCAAUUUGUCAGUGUCAGUGAGAAAAAGUUUUAUUCACUGAUGAAACUUCAGGAUCGCCAAACACAGGUAUAGAAGCUCCAUAGUUCCUCCAAUGUCCCAGAAAGAGACAGACACAGCAUGAUGAAAACAAUGUAGUCCUACUAUUAGGAAUCUCCCAUAGUAUUGAAACAGAAUGUAUUCAGCCUUUUAAUAAUGAGUCAAGGGAGCUCAGCAACAUGAUCAGCUCUGUCAUAUUCUAAUUUUACAUAUAUUGCUGUCUGUAUUUCUUCUUUAUAGAUCACAGCACAAAACAAAUGGGGUGAACAUCAUCUAAGAUGGGCCCCAGAGUGUUAGAGUACCUUGGCUUGACACAGCAGCAAUCUCUAGAAACUAACCUAGGCAAGCACCUAUGAAAUUAGAUUGGAAGACACAUAACAUGAAACAAUAUGUGACUUUUGAUGAGCUACUAAUGUUUCUACUCAUGUUUUAGAAAUACAGAAAGCAGGAAUCCAAGACCAUUCUGACAUUGUGAACAGUAUGACAUGUCGUUGUCAGUAUUGUGGUUUCAUCCAUUACUGUAUAGUAUGUUCAGUGUUCUCUAUUUUGGUGAGGACUGUAGCCUUGUGCAUUGUAAUUUAAGCAUCAUUGUUGUGAAACGUCUCAAUUUUGGGAAGGGUCUCUGUUAAUAAAACAUGUGUA